GACCGAUAUAAAGGGUUUGUUGACUAGGCUAGUUGUCAGUAAAUAUAUCAGAGCACUAUGCGUUUAAUAAGCGAUAUUUCGGCUAUUACAACAGUAUGGAUAUUUCUGUCUAUUCAAAUGGAAAUUUACUGUAAAGAUAAUUGCUAUUAUGUGGAUUUUAUAUACACCAACUGGACAGAUGAUCGCCCACGGCUUAUAGUAAAUAUGACAUUCUCCAAUCAAGAUGGCGUUGGAUCAAUUACGACCAUCAAUGAGCCAAUUGUGUCACCAAUCUCAAGUCUAUUAAUUGAACAGCGUGGUCCCAAAGAAAAGAAGCGUAUCAUUUACAAUGUAACUACCAAGUUAUGUGCCAUGCAAAGUAUAUUCAAUGCCGUACCUCUUUUCAAGCCGGUCAAAGAGAACAUGUUGAAGCAAAGCAACUAUACAUUCAGCUGUCCCCUUAAUAAAGGGGUUUAUGUCAUGAAUAACAUGCGCGUAAAUCCAAAAAAUCCGUUUCUAGGAUUAAUGUACCAAGCCAAAGGUACUUUUAUUGUGAUGGGAUCCCUAUCUGAAGAGACGUCCAACGGAAAAUUGCACCAUCUGUCUACAUAUUACUUGAAUGGCAGAAUUACAAAAAGAAGUUGCGGCAAAAAUGAGUAAAUUGUUAUUGUUAUAAAAAGAUUUAAUUUAACCCUUGCAAAAAAAAUAUCCUUAAAAAUA